UACACAGGCUAGUAAUCAAUUCACACCCAACUUUUUCUGGUUUAGAUAGUUAUGUACAAGCGUAAACAAAACUUUAAAAUGCCUAUUACGACGUCAAAACUGUUAUUAAUGACAGGGUUGCUCAUCACCGUCGGAAUUCACGCAAGUUUUGGAAACUUAAUUCCUGGAGAAAUUGAAAUUCAUGCCACAAUUUAUAGAAAUACUACUCGUACAACUAUUCCAAUAUUUCAUUCCCUGGAUCGUUGCAUCCCUGUCAUACCGAAAUCAGAAUCUGGCAACAUGAGAAUCUAUAAAAUCGAAACAAACGAGAACUGUAUCAAUAUUUAUUCCCGAGACAAUUGCGCCGGCAAAUUCAUCCGGCUUCAAACAAGCGAUGUGUACACGAACAUCAGCGACAUGGCGGCACAUCGUUGGGACGACGACGUUUUGGUGGCCAAUGAGAAAAUGGUCGUUACUUCAAUCGGGCCUUGUUUGGAGAAAUGUGACCCUCAAAAUUGGGCCGGAAUGAGGAACGAUAUUUUAACAAACGUUACGUUUUAUGAUGAGACAGAUUAUAAAGGAAUGGAAUAUACCCACUCAAUAUCUGGGAAGCAGUGCGUCCCAAUUAAAUCAACGGACAGAGGGCGUGGAGAAUCGAGGGUGUGGAGAGGGUCCAUUAAAAUUUCAGGAACUGCCUCAACCACCUGUGUCGAAUUACAUAGGGACGCCACGUGUGGGGGGGAGUCGGUCCUAUUAAGGCCAGGAUAUCCAUACUUGCAUGAAUUAUGGCUGUGGGGCUUCGAUCUUGGACAUAUGUCUGCAGCGCAAGCCAGAUCGAUGUCCCUUUGUGGAGCUACCUGCCCCGUAGUCGAGGGCAAAUUCUCAACGACGGUGACAACGGUGCUGGAAGAACCAGUGACCAAUCAGUCUGAUUUUCAAUCUCAUGAAAAAGUAUGCACCUGUCAAGGAGAAGAACAACCAUGGCAUUCACCAGUGUGGGCUAUUCUUUUAAUUGUAUUGGUAAUUUUACUCGUCCUGUGUCUUGCCGGGUUUGGUGGGUUUUAUUUGUUUCAGAAGUAUCGCAGUGCACGCCCUCUAUCUUACCAAGAACGUUGCAACGUUAUUUACAAGUCACAGUCGGAAAACCUGUAAAUGGUUACUUUCUGAAUGUAUUUACAUACUUGAUCGUUUUUUAAUUAAAAUUUCUUGAUCGUCUCCACAAUUGAAU